AAAAAGAAUCGCAGAAAGACGCAGCGAUGACAGCCUCUCUCAUUCUACCUGCUGGAAGAUAUUGAACCUGCAUCCUCCUGCCUUGCCUCCGAUCACUGACCUCCACCCCCCACUGGAAAGAUGCGAAGGGGAUUCAGGAUGAAGUCCGUUUUCAUCGCUGUGAUACUCGGAUUGGUUGGUGCUCUGGCCAAUAAGGAGACGUGUCUGUCGGGACAGUACACGUCCAGCGGAGAGUGCUGCAGGCAGUGUCCGCCCGGCGAGGGCGUCGUCAAACCCUGCGGAGCCGCACAGACCGUCUGCUACCCGUGUCUGGACAGCGAAACCUUCUCCGAAAACUUCAGCCACACGGAGAAGUGCCAGCCGUGCACGCAGUGCACCGGCCUGCUCCGCAUGGAGACGCCCUGCACCGACGCCAACGACGCCACCUGCGUGUGCAACUACGGCUACUACCUGAGCGAGCUGUCGCAGCGCUGCGAGCCCUGCACCAAGUGCCCCGAGGGCCAGGGCAUGCUGCUCAGCUGCGAGCUGGACCACGACACCGUGUGCGAGGAGUGCACCGGGGACACCUACUCGGACCAGGAGAGCUCCCGGGACCCCUGCAUCCCCUGCACCACCUGCGACGAGGACGAGGUGCUGCAGCUGUGCACCCCCGUCAGAGACACCGUCUGCCUACCUACAGUGUCUACCACGUUCUACGUCAACUUCACCAUGCCCGCCUAUCCCGACUUCACACCUGUUGACCCGCCGUCUGACGACCUGUCGGACAGCAGCAGCACCACCUCCACCACCACCACCACCACCAGCGGGGACUCCCAGGAGCGGCUGUACCAGGGUCUGAACGACAAGCUCAUCCCCAUCUACUGCUCCAUCCUGGCGGCCGUGGUCGUCGGCCUCGUGGCGUUCAUCAUCUUCAAGAAGUGGAACAGCUGCAAGCAGAACAAACAAGGAGCCAACAACUGCACGGCCAGCCAGAACCAGACGCCGUCGCCCGAGGGGGAGAAGCUGCACAGCGACAGCGGCAUCUCGGUGGACAGCCAGAGUCUGCAGGAGCAGCAGCAGCAGCAGCAGCAGGGACAGAGUCAGGCACAGACAGUCGUCAACAUGGAUGAGGAGCCCUGCCUGCUGCUUCCUCUCCAUACCAGGGAGAAGGUGGAGAAGCUGCUGUUCAGGGGCAACGAGGGCGACGACUGCAACCACCUGCAGGACAGCGACUGGUGCAGCCUGGCGGGGCUGCUGGGCUACGAGGAGGAGCGCAUCGCCGCCUUCGGGCAGGACGAGCAUCCCGUGCGCGCGCUCCUCUCCGACUGGGCGAGCAAGGACUGCGCCAGCAUCGAGACGCUGUGCACGGCGCUGCGCAAGAUCAACCGCGACGACGUCGCCCAGAGUUUGGCGCUCAGCCCGAACGCCGUGAAGCCGACCGCUACGUCCGUAGUGUGACUUCACGCUGGACUCUGAGCAGAACUGUAACACCCGAACCUUAAAAUAUUCCUCCAUGGCUUCAUUACUCCACAUAAUUCACGCUGUAAUCACUUUCCAGAACGAAUAGGGCUUAGAAAUGUCACAAAUCACAAGAUCACCUCCAAAACAUUCAGCUUUCCUUCUCAUCUUUAGAAACUUCGACCUUUAAACAGGCCUGUUAAAUAAGGCCCUGGAUUAAAUUCCAUUCUUUGUGAAACUUUAGGAAUCUGACCAACCAAAGAGGAGCAAAUGUUUCCAGACCCGCACCUGACAAGUGACAUUAUUUACAUGCCACGGUGGCGGGCUCUUGCCUGGUACUGUUACUGUAUGGAGUCUGCAUCCUGUGAACUCUGUGGAUCUUUGAGGAAAUGAAAAUCUUGUUUUUCCAUUAAGAAAAAAAACCAUGGCCACACCCAAGAAGUUGCUCUGUAUUUAAAUAUUGCUGUUGGAUUCAGGUUUAUCUGAACGUCGGCUCCAGCUUGAGUGUCUCUCCUGUGAUCGAAGUACAGCUCGCUUGACUCCGCCGACUCGGUGGUCUGACGGUCGGGGGUCACCGACCGACGCAACACGACCCCAGCCUGUGAGCUCCGGCUCUAUCUGCAUAACACAAGAGCUCGCCUUCGCACCGGCCCAGAAAAGGAAAAGAACAUGGAGCGUCAAACUCACGUUACCCAUGUAUAUUAUCUGUACAUAGACCGCACACACUCCAAAUAUAGCCAUACACAUACCCGCAGUAUGUAGCCAUGCAUGCAAACGCCGUACUGUACGAACAGGCAGAGCGAUUACCUGUAUGCAUUUACAUUAUUUGUUGUAGAGAAUGAAAACUUGAGAUCUUAAAGCACUCUUCUGACGGGACCAUACACUGUUGAUCAUCACUGUAAGUAGCCAACCUUAAAGUAACUCCGUGUCUUAAUUGUGUUGAACGUUAUAUUAUUUCCAGUGUGAGGUGUACAUGGCAAAAUGUUAAACACAUACAUACGUACUGUGCUGCGAAAAACAAAACAGGAAGGUACGGCUUUGGUUAAUUUCUCAGGGUAUUGGAAAUGACUGUGUUAAUUUUAGUGCCCUAAACUGAGCAAUCUCUAGCGGAUCAAAGGGCACAGUGUUUAACCAAAGUAGUGAUUCUUGCGAGUGACAAUCCUUCAAAGUGCUGCAUUAGGGAGAGAAACGAGCCAGGGGGGGAAAGAAAAG